AUGGCUACUACAUUGGAGGGGCGUCUCGCAAUUAUAGCCGGCGGCAUCGGCGGACUCGGCUCUUCGAUUGCCCACCGUCUCCAUGCGCGGGGAGCAGAUGUGGCUUUACUGUACGCUCCCUUUGAACGGGAUCGUGUGGCCGACACGGUGAAACGGGUGUUUGGGUCUGAAAAGCCGGACAGAGUGUGGACGUUUGAAUGCGACAUCACCUCCGAGGACUCGGUCAGGGAGGUUCUGGGCCGGCACGGCAAACUGGCCGACGCUUCCGUCUACAAGGCCUUUCCCAGCAUCCUGCUCAACGCGGCGGGUUAUGUCUCGGUGCAGCCUCUCGAGGACACGUCGGCCGAGGAGGCCAUGCGCAACAUCCUCCCGAACCUGCUGGGCCCGUUCAACUGCAGCACCGCCUUCUUCCACCUCUACCGAUCCAGAGCCGCCGCCACACUGUCGAACGGUGAGAAUCCCCCAGUGCCCGGUGGCCGCAUCGUCAGCAUCGCGUCCCAGGCCGCCCACGUCGCCCUCGACGGCCACGGCGCCUACUGCGCCUCCAAGGCCGGCUUGCUCGGCCUCACCCGCUGCAUGGCCUCGGAAUGGGGUCCCAAGGGCAUCACGGCCAACACGGUCUCGCCCACCGUGACGUGGACGCCCCUGGCCGCGAAAGCCUGGGCGGAUGAAGACAAGAGGGCGAAGCAUCUCGCCGAGAUCCCCACGGGCAGGUUUGCCGUCCCGGACGAGGUCGCCAGCGCAAUCGAGUUUCUCUGUGGAGACGACAGUGGCAUGAUCAAUGGCGCGGAUCUCAGGGUCGAUGGCGGCUUUACGAUUCGAUAG